ACUGUAACAACGUUAAAGUACAUAAACAGUAGAACAAUGUUUCGAAGCAAGCGCCUAGGAAUAACUAAUCCGUAACGAUUCUUCCAACCCGUCGGAGGUAGUGGGGCCAAAAGUGGAUUGUGCAAUCCUCAACAGUGUCGAGGCCAUCAUACCCGUUGGUUAAUAUAAUUCAUUUGGAAAUCGUUGAGCGAGUGCGUAAGGCGAUCGUGGAAGUGGCUAACUGAAUUUCAAUCUAGGCGAAUUUAGUGAAAGUGACGCAUGCGUCUAUUAUUAGUAUAAAAUAAUAGUGAAGUGAAUAAUGAAGACGAGGGAGAAGAUUUGUCUGUAUUUAAUUCACUUUCUACUGCUGACAACAGUUGUUCCAUCAUCAUCAUUAUCAUCAUCAUCAGGAGCAGAACGAAAAAAUAAGAAGCUGAAGAUCCUUGGGGUUUUUUCCCACCCCGGAAAGAGUCAUUUUGACGUCUUCAAACCCCUUUUAGAGGAGCUAGCCAAUCGUGGCCAUGAUCUCACAGUCGUCUCCUACUUUCCUAGAACCAACUCAUCAUCAGCCCUGCCAAAUUACAAAGACAUCGAUCUGACUGGUCCGGAAGGGGUCUUCUUAGAGAUCGUCGACUUGAAGAAAAUAAAGCACUCAAUCCUUACCGUCUACAGAGAAUUCAUGCUGCUACGUCACUGGGGGUUGGAACACUGCCAAAAGAAUUUGGCGAAUCGAGAUGUACAGAAACUCAUAAAGUCCAAUGCCAAGUUCGAUCUCAUUAUUACGGAAGUAUUCAACAGCGAUUGCUUCCUCGGUUUUGUUCAUAGGUUCAAGGCGCCAUUCAUCGGUUUAUCCUCCCACGUAUUAUUCCCCUGGGCCAAUGCGAGACUCUCCAACGAACAUAAUCCGAGUUAUGUGCCAACUGUAUUGCUGGGAUUCGGGCCGAAAAUGAAUUUUAUGGAGAGGGUCGGCAAUUACGUUAUUCGCAAGAUUUUCAACUUAGGUUAUGAGGUGUUUUACAAUCGUCCAAUGCAGAAGAUUGUGGAAAAGUCAUUCGGACCUAAUGUCCCACCACUUGGGGAUCUCGCCAAGAAUAUGUCAGUGAUUCUGGUGAAUAUGCAUUAUUCUUUGCAAGGGUCGAAGCCGAAUUUACCGAGUGUUGUGGAGGUGGGGGGUCUCCAUAUUUCUGAAAAGCAGCAGUCAUUGCCGGGAGAUAUUCAGAGGUUUCUGGAUGACGCCAAGGAGGGGGUGGUUUUCUUCAGCUGGGGAUCCAUGAUCAAGGCCAGUUCGAUGGGCGAGGAGACUCUGAGGGAGAUUGUCAAGGCCCUUAGGAGCAUUCCAUGGAAGGUUAUUUGGAAAUGGGAGGAUGAGGAUCUACCAGGAAAACCGGAGAAUGUUAUGAUUAAGAAGUGGGUACCUCAAGCCGCUAUCCUUGGCCAUCCCAAUGUGAAAUGUUAUCUCGCCCAUGGGGGUCUCCUCGGUGUGAGUGAGAGUGUCAGCGCUGGGGUUCCCAUGGUGAUUGUUCCCAUGUAUGGAGACCAAUUUAAUAAUGCUGCAGCGGCUAGGAGUCGAGGUGUGGCACUAGUUCUCGAGUGGAAUAAUUUGGAUGCGGAAAGUUUGAAAGCUGCCAUUGACAAGAUAUUCAAUGAUCAAAGAUACAAAAAGAAUGCAAAGGCACUUCAGAAAGCUUGGCACGAACGUCCCAUGUCAGCACUGGAGACAUCUAUCUGGUGGUCGGAAUACGUCGCACGUGGACAUGGCAAUUAUUACCUCAAAACAGCAGCUGCUGAUCUCACUUGGUAUCAGUUAGAGCUCUUGGAUGUAAUUGUCUUCCUACUCCUCAUUAUCCUCAUCGUAAUUUUGGUAUUCUACAAGAUAGUGAAUGUGAUAAUUAGGAAAAUAUUCACCUCGUUGCAGAAUUUCCAGAGUGAUUUUUCGAAGAAACACAACUGAAUUCUAGACUUUUCGAUUUCUGCACCAAAUUAACAAAUUCUUCAAAGAACAAUUCAAAUCUUGGGCGUUUUUUAUUGACGAUGAAUAUAUAUUUCAUCAUGAAGAGCCUAUAAAUAGCCAUUCACUCCCUAAUGUUGAUGAGAUAAUUUGGAGAGCUUUAGAGAUGAAUAGAAAUCCAUUUUUCAUCGCCAAUCCAUUGAAAAAAGAAAUUUGAGAGGAUCCGUGCUUUCACAAUAGAGGAAAUAGAGAAAAUCUUCUAAAAGUAAGCCAUAAGAUUGAUAGAAUCUAGUAGAUUGAUGUGUUUUAAUUAAUUUUCUCUAAAUGAUGAACAUAAUUUUUAUACAACAACAACGAUUUAACAACAUUGGAUAUGUCUGAUAUUUAAUAAGAAAACAAGUUAAUAACUGAUCUUUCUCGAAUCUAGAAGAAAAAUGGAAUUAUUUCGUGUAAAAAUUUAAUAAAUUUUUGUUCUGUGCUGACGA